AUGUUUGGUCUUACAGUGCCCGCGCAACAAGCCGAACAACGUUAUCGACCAAAACGGCGCAAGAUUCAAAUCGCAUGCGAGUUGUGCAGGCUACGGAAGAGCAAGUGCGAUGGCGGCCGACCCAAGUGCGGAGCCUGUGUGAAGCGACGAGACGCUGCAACUGAGUGUGUGUAUUAUGAGCUUUCGGCAGUUAGCUCAAGUCCGAAGAAUGGGCAUCGUUCGGAGGAGCCCAUUGCGCAAGUCCACCUCUCAGACCAAUUUCAGUCUGAUGCCACCACAAACAUUCCACUACUGUAUGGUACAGCUGGCGAUACCGUUCAUGGACAAAUGGCCACAAUCAACGACCAUGCCGAUGACCAUGGCGAUGAUAAUGACUGGAUGCUGCAAGCUGGUCUACUAGCAUCAUCGAAUUCAGCGAGCUUUUUCAAGACUGUCUUUGGCCGUGUUCGGAGUGGCGCGAGUACACAGCAAGGACCAUCUCCUCUGCACGCGGAUGCUACUGCAGCUACUGCAUCGCCCGGCCUCGUCGACGCAGUGGGUCUGCCCGCACCAAUCUACAGACUGCCUAGUCGUUCUGUGACAGAUGCGCUUCUGAAAGAUUUCUUCAAGAAUGCGUUCAUUGUCUGGCUCGAUCGUUUGUCGUUCAUGGACUGGUAUAAUACCUUGGGUCAUGCUCGCCGGCAAGUACGAGAUCCGGUUAAGGAGCAGAUAAAUCAUGCUGUAAUCAACAUCAUGUUUGCACUAGAGCAACAAAAUCGACAGACUGGCGACGUUCAGGCCAAUAGAAGCCAAGCUCAGGCUUAUGGGAAGACUGCUGAGACUCUGCUUCAGCUUCAAGUCUCUGAAGUGAACCGAGAGGAUUUGCUCUGGGCCCUUCUCUUGCUGAUUCAGUGGUACCAAAGUACGAACCAGGCUUUUCGGUGCCGACAGACUGUCAGUCUGUGUAUCAGCAUUGCGAAGAAUCUCAGGCUUGACGAUUCCGACCACAUAAGUACCAUGCUAACCCAGAGAGGUAGAGAAACGUCUCUGAGGUUGUGGCAUGCAUGUGUACUGAUGGAUCGCAUCACCUCAAUGGUAACGAAUCGCCCUUUACAAAUACCGCAAUCCACCGCUUAUCUGGUGCCAUUCUUUCGCGACAUUGACGAUGAGGAUCUAGAUAACACUGCAUAUGUCGAUCGAGAUGGCGCGGACCUCGGACAGCAUACCUUUUUCCUUUCCUUUUGUCGGCUCCAUCAAAUUCUUGGAGAUAUACAUGACUAUCACAUACGCUGUCGAGAUCAGAGGAAUGGAAGACUGGAUGUAGGCGUGCUGAUGGAUACCGAAAUGGACCUCGAAGCGUUCAAGGGCAGUCUGCCUGCGAUAUUAAAAGUUGACAGUAAUGCAGAGUCAAUGAUCGGCCCCCAGCUACACCUGUCCACCAGAUUCUGGUACAUCAAAGUUCUCCUCUUUAGACCCUGCUUCUUGGAAGCCAGUGUAUCCAACGAUCAAACCCGGCACAGCGCUAUUGCGAUGGGUCGAUUUUCUCGCGCCCUCUAUCGACAAGGCCAGAUCGAGUGCGUCAACGCUGCUCGGGACCUUAUCGGACUGCUUGCCUCCAAAAUAUCAAUAACAGCUCUCCAGUCCUUGGAGGCGAAAGAAAAGAUCAUGCCACAAUGGUGGCACACGGUCACAUACGUCUACACUGCAUCAACAGUCAUCAUAGCAGCACUCUCGUUCCCAGCCCUGAUCUCGCACUUUGGAAGGAAACCCUUGCAGAACGAUUUGUCCUCGGCUUUCUCCGUCCUGGCUGACUACAGAGAACAAACACAUCUCGCAGAGCGCUGUCAGACGGCCUUGGAAGCCCUCGCCAGGCAGUAUGACAAGAGUCAGAAAAACGACAUCAAUGCGGAUUUUGCUGACCCAGGCACUGUCAUGUUCUCAGUGGCGAUUCCACCUGUCGAUAGUCUUGACUGGCUACUCGAUGAGUCUUUCUUCUCGUUCAUGGAUCAGGUCACCUGA